AUGUCGUCGCUGCCCAAGCGAAUCAUCAAGGAAACCGAACGGCUCGUUGUAGACCCAGCGCCAGGAAUCACAGCGCUACCACACGAUGAUAAUCUUCGAUACUUCGACGUGACCAUCCAAGGACCCGAUGGCAGCCCUUUCGCCAAUGGCGUCUUCAGACUAGAGCUUUUCCUCCCCGAAGAGUAUCCCAUGGCGCCCCCGAAGGUGCGAUUUCUGACCAAGAUAUACCAUCCGAAUAUCGACAAACUGGGUCGGAUCUGUCUGGAUAUCUUGAAAGACAAAUGGUCCCCAGCCCUGCAGAUCCGAACAGUCUUGCUAUCGAUUCAGGCGCUAUUAAGCUCCCCAAAUCCCGAUGAUCCUCUCGCGACAGACGUAGCGAAGCACUACAAGGAGAACGAGAAGGAUGCUCAGCGCGUGAGCCGGGAGUGGACGGAGAAGUAUGCGUCGUAG